UGCCCUGGUCCUGGCCAGGCAUCUCUGUAGAGGAAGCACGCAGGCCCCACUCAGCUGGCAAUCCUCAGCUCUGGCCUGAUGUGGAGGGAGGAGAUGGCAAUGGCCAAGCUGGGCUCCCUGCUGUUCCUCAUGGUGGCCGCCCCAGAGUGCAGUGCAGCUGUGGCCAAUACUGAUCAGAAGGCAUGGAGCUGUUCUUCAUCUCCAUCUCUGCCCCGAAGCUGCAAAGAAGCCAAGCAGAGGUGCAGCGGUGCGUGUGAUGGCCUGAAAUUUCUUCAUACCAAGGCUAGCGUCAUCUACCAGACCUUCUGUGACAUGACCACUGAGGGUGGCAGCUGGACCCUGGUGGCCAGUGUGCAUGAGAACAACAUGUAUGGGCAGUGCAUGUUGGGUGAUUGCUGGUCCAGUCAGCACGGCAACGGAGCAGACUACCCCGAGGGAGAUGGCGACUGGGCCAACUACAACACCUUUGGGUCCUCAGAGGCAGCCACAAGUGAUGAUUAGAAGAACCCUGGCUACUAUGACAUCCAGGUGCUGGACCUGGGCAUCUGGCAUGUGGCCAACAAUAGCCUCAUGGAGAACUGGAAGAACAAGUCCCUGCUGAGGUACUGGUCUGAAGAGCAGCAGAAAUACCCAGUGAAAUAUGGAGCAGGCAAGUGUUGGACUGAUAAUGGUCCUGCGAUACCUGUGGCCUAUGAUUUUGGCGAUGCUAAGAAACUAGCAUCUUAUUACUCACCUAAUGGCCACAAUGAAUUCACCACAGGAUUUGUCCAGUUUAGAGUAUUUAAUUAUGAGACAGCAGCGAAUGCCCUGUGUGCUGAAAUUAAGGUCUUAUAUAUAUAUAGUAACAGGAGGCCUGAGGAGGUUGUGGUGUUACAGUGUUUGCCUAGUAUGUGUGAAGCCCUGGCUUUGAUGUCCAACAACCCCUUGUCCCAAAGAAAACAGAAACAACUAGGGGCUACAAAAGCAUGUAACUGUGCUGGGGGUGUCAGAGCAGUGACUGCAGAAAAGCACUGCAUUGGUGGAGGAGGAUACUUCCCACAGGGAAAUCCUGUGCAGUGUGGAGACUUCUCUGCCUUUGAUUGGAAUGGUUAUGGAACUCAUAUUGGAUUGAGGAGCAGCCAAGAGAUAACAGAGGCAGCUGUACUUUUGUUCUAUCGCUGACACCUUCUUGCUAUGACAUGCUGCCUUAUUCUCCCAACUAUCAGAUCCCAGUGGCUGA